GAGUCAAAAUGGCUCAAAAACCUCUCAGCGAUGAUGAGAAAUUCCUCUAUGUGGACAAAAACUUCGUUAACAACCCACUUGCCCAGGCCGACUGGUCAGCGAAGAAACUGGUUUGGAUUCCAUCAGAGAAACAUGGAUUUGAAGCAGCAAGUAUCAAGGAAGAGAAAGGGGAUGAGGUGACAGUGGAACUGGCAGAAAAUGGAAAGAAAGUGACACUGAGCAAGGAUGACAUCCAGAAGAUGAACCCUCCGAAGUUCUCCAAGGUGGAGGACAUGGCAGAGCUGACUUGCCUCAAUGAAGCUUCGGUGCUGCACAAUCUAAGGGAGAGAUACUUCUCAGGGUUAAUUUAUACUUAUUCAGGUCUCUUCUGCGUUGUAAUAAACCCAUACAAACAGCUGCCCAUUUACUCAGAGAAGAUUAUUGACAUGUACAAGGGAAAGAAGAGGCACGAGAUGCCCCCUCACAUCUACGCUAUCGCGGAUAACGCCUACAGGAGCAUGCUGCAAGAUCGAGAAGACCAGUCUAUCCUGUGCACAGGUGAAUCUGGUGCUGGCAAGACAGAAAAUACCAAAAAGGUCAUUCAGUACCUGGCUGUUGUUGCUUCAUCACAUAAGGGCAAAAAAGACACCAGCGUCACUGGUGAGCUGGAAAAACAGCUUCUGCAGGCAAACCCUAUUCUUGAAGCUUUUGGAAAUGCCAAAACUGUGAAGAAUGACAACUCCUCCAGAUUCGGCAAAUUCAUCCGCAUCAACUUUGAUGUGACAGGCUACAUUGUCGGAGCAAACAUAGAGACUUAUUUGCUUGAAAAAUCCCGAGCGAUUCGUCAGGCAAAAGAUGAGCGAACCUUCCACAUCUUUUACUACCUGAUUGCUGGAGCUUCUGAACAAAUGAGAAAUGACCUGUUGCUAGAAGGCUUCAACAAUUACACCUUUCUGUCUCACGGCUUUGUGCCUAUUCCCUCUCAACAAGAUGAUGAGAUGUUCCAGGAGACCUUGGAAGCCAUGAAAAUUAUGGGCUUUAGUGAGGAGGAGCAGAUCGCUAUACUGAAGGUUGUUUCAUCUGUCCUACAACUGGGUAAUAUUGUCUUCAAGAAGGAGAGAAACACUGAUCAAGCUUCUAUGCCAGACAACACUGCUGCACAAAAAGUGUGUCACCUGAUGGGGAUUAAUGUGACAGAUUUCACAAGAUCUAUUCUAACCCCAAGGAUCAAAGUAGGCCGAGAUGUUGUCCAGAAAGCUCAGACCAAGGAGCAGGCGGACUUUGCCAUAGAGGCUUUGGCCAAGGCACAAUUUGAACGUCUUUUCCGCUGGAUUCUGGCUCGUGUAAACAAAGCUCUCGACAAAACAAAAAGACAAGGAGCUUCCUUCUUGGGGAUCCUCGACAUUGCUGGAUUUGAGAUUUUUGAGAUCAAUUCCUUUGAGCAGCUGUGCAUCAAUUACACUAAUGAGAAACUCCAGCAGCUAUUCAACCACACAAUGUUUAUAUUGGAGCAAGAGGAAUACCAGCGAGAAGGCAUUGAAUGGAACUUCAUUGACUUUGGCCUUGACCUGCAACCUUGCAUUGAGCUGAUUGAAAGACCAACCAACCCUCCAGGUGUCCUGGCUCUGCUGGAUGAAGAGUGUUGGUUCCCCAAAGCUACUGACACGUCUUUUGUGGAGAAACUAAUUCAAGAGCAAGGCAACCAUCCCAAAUUCCAGAAGCCAAAGCAACUCAAGGAUAAAACCGAGUUCUGUAUAUUGCACUAUGCAGGAAAGGUGACCUACAAUGCAAGUGCCUGGCUGACUAAGAACAUGGAUCCACUAAAUGACAAUGUGACUUCUCUGCUGAAUCAGUCUUCAGACAAAUUUGUAGCAGACCUUUGGAAAGACGGUAUGAAUUGUGAGCACAGUUCGUGUAAGAAUUCCAUUCCUGUUUUCUUUUCUGUUUCAGUGGAUCGCAUAGUUGGGCUGGACCAAAUGGCCAAGAUGACUGAAAGCUCACUCCCUAGUGCUUCAAAAACCAAGAAAGGCAUGUUCCGGACUGUUGGACAACUCUAUAAGGAGCAGCUGACCAAACUGAUGACCACCUUAAGGAAUACCAAUCCCAACUUUGUCCGCUGUAUCAUCCCAAAUCAUGAGAAAAGGGCUGGCAAACUUGACGCCCAUUUAGUGCUGGAGCAGCUGCGCUGCAAUGGUGUCCUGGAAGGAAUUCGUAUCUGUAGGCAGGGAUUCCCCAACAGGAUUGUCUUCCAGGAGUUCCGGCAGCGAUAUGAAAUUCUUGCUGCAAAUGCCAUUCCUAAAGGAUUCAUGGAUGGGAAGCAGGCUUGCAUACUGAUGAUCAAAGCAUUAGAACUCGAUCCCAACUUGUACAGAAUUGGGCAGAGCAAAAUCUUCUUCAGAACUGGUGUUCUGGCUCACCUGGAAGAAGAGAGAGACCUGAAGAUCACAGAUGUUAUCAUCACCUUCCAGGCUCAGUGCCGAGGAUACCUAGCCAGAAAAGCCUUUGCCAAGAGACAGCAACAGCUGACUGCAAUGAAGGUUAUCCAAAGAAACUGCGCUGCUUACCUGAAGCUGAGGAACUGGCAAUGGUGGAGACUAUUCACUAAAGUGAAACCAUUGCUGCAAGUCACCCGUCAAGAAGAAGAAAUGCAGGCCAAGGAUGAAGAACUACAGAAAACUAAAGAAAGACAACAAAAAGCAGAGAGUGAAUUGAAGGAGCUGGAACUGAAACACUCACAGCUUUGUGAAGAGAAGAACCUCCUUCAGGAACAGCUUCAGGCAGAAACUGAACUGUAUGCUGAAGCUGAAGAGAUGAGAGUCCGUUUAGCUGCUAAGAAACAAGAGCUGGAAGAGAUUCUCCAUGAGAUGGAAGCCAGAAUUGAGGAAGAGGAGGAACGCAGCCAGCAGUUGCAAGCAGAAAAGAAAAAGAUGCAACAACAAAUGCUGGACCUUGAGGAACAACUGGAAGAAGAAGAAGCUGCAAGGCAGAAACUGCAACUUGAAAAAGUAACAGCAGAUGGCAAAAUAAAGAAAAUGGAAGAUGAUAUUCUCAUAAUGGAAGAUCAGAAUAACAAGCUAACCAAGGAAAGAAAACUCCUUGAGGAAAGAAUAAGUGAUCUAACAACAAAUCUUGCAGAAGAAGAAGAAAAAGCUAAAAAUCUCACAAAGCUGAAAACCAAACAUGAAUCUAUGAUUUCAGAACUUGAAGUGCGACUGAAGAAAGAAGAGAAGAGCAGACAAGAACUGGAGAAACUGAAGAGGAAGCUGGAAGGGGAGUCAGGAGAUCUACAUGAGCAGAUCGCAGAGCUCCAGGCACAAAUUGCUGAGUUGAAAGCACAAUUGGCCAAAAAGGAAGAAGAGCUGCAGGCUGCUCUAGCCAGGCUUGAAGAUGAAACUAGUCAGAAGAACAAUGCCCUCAAGAAGAUCCGUGAAUUGGAAGCUCACAUCUCUGAUCUCCAGGAAGACUUGGAGUCUGAGAAAGCUGCAAGAAACAAAGCAGAGAAGCAGAAGAGAGACCUAGGUGAAGAGCUGGAGGCUCUUAAGACAGAGCUUGAGGAUACUUUAGAUACCACAGCCACCCAGCAGGAACUCAGAGCAAAGCGGGAACAGGAGGUCACAGUCCUGAAGAAAGCUCUGGAGGAGGAGACUCGCACUCAUGAAGCCCAGGUCCAAGAGAUGAGGCAAAAGCACACUCAAGCUGUGGAAGAGCUAACAGAGCAGCUGGAACAAUUUAAACGGGCCAAAGCAAACCUGGAUAAGAACAAGCAAACACUGGAGAAAGAAAAUGCUGAUCUGGCUAAUGAAGUCAGGAGCCUGAAUCAGGCCAAACAAGAUGUAGAGCACAAGAAGAAGAAGCUGGAAGUACAGCUACAAGAGUUACAGUCCAAGUACACUGAUGGAGAGCGUGUUCGGACAGAGCUCAAUGAAAAAGUUCAUAAAUUACAAGUUGAGGUUGAAAAUGUUACUACUUUGCUCAAUGAAGCAGAAAGCAAGACAAUCAAAUUGACCAAAGAUGUUGCAACUCUAGGAUCUCAGCUACAAGACACCCAGGAGCUGCUUCAGGAGGAAACACGGCAGAAGCUAAACAUGUCUACCAAGCUUCGUCAGUUGGAGGACGAGAAGAACAGCUUGCAAGAGCAGUUGGAUGAAGAAGUAGAAGCAAAACAAAAUAUGGAGAGACAUAUUUCAACACUGACGAUACAGCUCUCUGACUCUAAGAAGAAGCUACAGGAAUAUUCCAUCACAGUAGAAACUUUGGAGGAAGGCAAAAAGAAACUUCAGAAGGAAAUUGAAAGUCUCACACAACAGUUUGAGGAAAAGGCUGCUUCUUAUGACAAACUGGAAAAAACCAAGAACAGACUCCAGCAGGAGCUGGAUGACCUGGUGGUAGACUUGGACAACCAGCGUCAGCUGGUCUCCAACCUGGAGAAGAAACAGAAGAAGUUUGAUCAGAUGCUAGCUGAAGAGAAAAGCAUCUCUUCCAAAUAUGCAGAUGAAAGGGACAGGGCAGAAGCCGAAGCCAGAGAAAAGGAAACAAAGGCUUUGUCAUUGGCCCGAGCACUUGAAGAAGCUUUGGAGGCCAAAGAAGAACUGGAGAGAACGAACAAAAUGUUGAAAGCUGAAAUGGAAGAUCUUGUUAGCUCUAAAGAUGAUGUUGGCAAGAAUGUGCAUGAAUUGGAGAAAUCUAAACGCACCCUUGAACAGCAAGUAGAGGAGAUGAAGACCCAAUUAGAAGAGCUAGAGGAUGAGCUACAGGCUGCUGAAGAUGCCAAACUCAGGUUGGAGGUUAACAUGCAGGCCUUGAAAGGCCAGUUUGAAAGAGAUUUACAAGCCAGAGAUGAACAGAAUGAGGAGAAGAAAAGACAACUCCUUAAACAGCUCCAUGAAUACGAAACGGAACUGGAAGAUGAGAGGAAGCAACGUGCCAUGGCAGCUGCGGCCAAAAAGAAGCUGGAGGUGGAUGUUAAAGAUCUAGAAAGCCAAGUUGACUCUGCUAACAAAGCUCGGGAAGAAGCCAUCAAACAGCUUCGCAAACUGCAGGCUCAGAUGAAGGACUACCAACGAGAGCUGGAUGAUGCACGGGCUGCCAGAGAAGAAAUAUUUGCUACAGCCAGAGAAAAUGAGAAGAAAGCAAAGGGCCUGGAAACAGAACUCAUCCAGCUUCAAGAGGAUCUGGCUGCUGCAGAGAGAGCUCGCAAACAAGCAGAUCUGGAGAAAGAAGAGAUGGCAGAGGAACUUGCAAGCGCUGCUUCUGGAAGGGCAAGCCUUCAGGAUGAGAAACGGCGCUUGGAGGCAAGAAUUGCACAGCUGGAGGAAGAGCUGGAAGAGGAGCAAAGCAACAUAGAAGCAAUGAGUGAUCGCAUGAGAAAAGCGGUACAGCAGGCAGAGCAGCUGAACAAUGAGCUGGCAACAGAGCGCGCAGCAGCACAGAAGAAUGAAAAUGCUCGGCAGCAGCUAGAGAGGCAGAACAAAGAGCUGAAGAGCAAGCUGACGGAGAUGGAGGGAUCUGUGAAGAACAAAUUCAAAGCUACAAUUGCUGCUCUGGAGGCCAAAAUUGCUUCUCUUGAAGAGCAAUUGGAACAGGAAGCCAGAGAGAAGCAGGCUGCAGCCAAGGCAUUGCGCCAGAAGGACAAGAAGCUGAAGGACGCCUUGCUGCAGGUGGAGGAUGAGAGGAAGCAAGCUGAGCAGUACAAAGAUCAGGCUGAGAAGGGCAACACACGACUGAAGCAACUGAAGAGGCAGCUGGAGGAGGCUGAGGAGGAAUCUCAGCGUAUCAACGCAAACCGCAGGAAGCUGCAGAGAGAGCUGGAUGAAGCUACGGAGAGUAACGAAGCCCUGGGCCGUGAGGUUACAUCACUGAAGAGCAAGCUCAGGAGGGGAAAUGAACCAGCAUCUUUUGCCCCACCCCGCAGAUCUGGAGGCAGAAGAGUAAUUGAGAAUGCAACAGAAGGAGGUGAUGAAGAAAUGGAUGCAAGAGAUGGAGAUUUCAAUGGAACAAAAGCCAGUGAAUGAGCACGCUUUAAAAAUUGCACUGCAGCAAGGGGAGGGAGGACCAUAGUUAGCACUGUGUAAGUCUGCUCGUAGUGUCAAGGUCACAUACACCCACUCCUCUGACAACGACGAAAGCACAACUGCCUUGUCUCCCAUGUAUAGAUUGACGCUAAAAAUACUCCAAAAUCUAUUUUAUCAUGAAGUAUAUCUGAACAGGUAGGGGGCUUUUAACAGAGUAAUUUACUUUGAGGAACUUGCAGAAAGUGAGUUACAGUAGCUCAAAUGACUUAAAACCAAGUGAAAUAUAGUUUACACAGGAUUUAUGAGACUGUUGCAAGGAAAAAAAAGGCAUUGGUUAGUUAAUCUUUUCUUAAACUUUCAUUUUGACUUGAUUAUUCAAUUAACACAGGGUUUAUCCUGGUUCUACACCCCUGAUGCACCAUUCACAAGGUGGAAGUGCCUUUUUAAAUCACUUAUUGAAAAAUAAAAUAUGUCUUCAAAUUAAGUCAACUGUUACAGUUUUAUAUGCACUAUGGAUGUGCUUACACACUAAUA